UUUUUGGAUGUUCGAUUAACUGAACAAACAUCUCAUUAUCAAACAUUUAAAUCAAAUAUUAUCAAUACAAAAGCAAAAUUAUUAGUUAUUGAAUUAGGCGCUGGUACAGCUGUUCCAAUCGUAAGACAUGAAAGUGCAGUAACAUUCAUUGAUCCAAGAUGGACAGCUGAUUUUAUUCGUAUAAAUCCAUCAGCUGAACAUUCAAUUAUUGAAUCCUAUUAUAGACAUAAAACUAAAGGACAAGGAAUAGAAAUAACUCUUGAUGCAUUAACAGCUUUAACAUUAAUUGAUGAAGUUAUCAAAAAGAAAAUAUUUUAA